GCAUUGCAUCGAGGUCAGCUUUUGCUUUGCUGUGUCGAGUGCCGGGGCUGCUUGGCGGCAGACUGAGAGAGGCUCCUUCCAACAGCCCAAGCAGAAGAGGCCUUGGCCCUCCCUGGAAACAUCAUCCAUCUCUUCGGUUAAUCUCUUCGUCCAGAAACCAUGUCAAGCAAAGGAAAGGCUGGAAGAUACAGAGGCUCAGUGAAGGAUUUCCCAGACUUUGAUGCCAACCAGGAUGCCGAGGCACUGUAUAAUGCUAUGAAGGGAUUUGGCAGUGACAAAGAAGCCAUACUAGACCUCAUAACAUCCAGAAGCAAUAAGCAACGAAAUGAGAUCUGCCAAGCAUACAAGUCUCUCUAUGGAAAGGACCUAAUUGCAGACCUGAAGUAUGAACUGACUGGGAAAUUUGAACGGCUGAUUGUGGGUCUGAUGAGGCCCUUGGAGUACUUUGAUGCCAAGGAGAUCAAAGAUGCUCUGAAGGGUGUUGGAACUGAUGAGAAGGCCCUUAUUGAGAUCCUGGCAUCGCGGACCAAUAAACAGAUCCAUGCUUUGGUGGAAGCCUACAGAGAUGCAUAUGAGAGCGACCUGGAACAAGAUGUCAUCGCAGAUACCUCAGGACACUUCAAGAAGAUGCUCAUUGUUCUUACUCAGGGCACCCGAGAAGACGACGAUGUUGUGAGUGAAGACUUAGUGGAACAAGAUGCCAAGGACCUGCUGGAAGCUGGAGAGCUGAAAUGGGGCACAGAUGAGGCCCAAUUCAUCUACAUUCUCGGAAACCGAAGCAAACAACACCUUCGGCUGGUCUUUGAUGAGUAUCUGAAGAUUGCGGGCAAACCCAUUGAGAUAAGCAUCCGGGAAGAGCUGUCUGGAGACUUUGAAAAACUGAUGCUAGCUGUAGUGAAGAAUAUCCGGAGUUCAGCAGAGUACUUUGCUGACAGACUCUUCAAAGCCAUGAAAGGCUUAGGGACGAGAGACAACACGUUGAUUCGUAUCAUGGUGUCGCGCAGUGAGCUUGACAUGCUGGACAUCCGGGAGAUAUUCCGGACUAAAUACGAGAAGUCCCUGCAUCACAUGAUUGAGAGUGAUACAUCUGGCGAGUACAAAAAGGCGCUGCUGAAGCUCUGCGGGGGAGAUGAUGAUGCCGCAGGUGAGUUCUUCCCCGAAGCGGCGCAGGUGGCCUAUCAGAUGUGGGAACUUAGUGCAGUGGCCAAAGUAGAGCUGAAAGGAACCAUUCGUCCAGCUGCAGAUUUCAACGCUGAUGGAGACGCCAAAGUGCUAAGGAAAGCAAUGAAGGGUUUUGGCACUGAUGAAGAUGCUAUCAUUGAGGUUGUCACACGGCGGAGUAAUGACCAGAGGCAAGAAAUCCUAAGGGCAUACAAGUCUCAUUACGGCCGGGAUUUGAUGGCAGACUUGAAAUCUGAAGUUUCGGGACCUUUGGGAAAGGUUAUUCUUGGACUGAUGAUGACACCAGCGCAGUAUGAUGCGAAGCAGCUGAAGAAAGCCAUGGAGGGGGCUGGAACUGAUGAAAGCGUUCUCGUUGAAAUCUUGGCCACUCGGAACAACCAGGAGAUCCAAGCAAUUAAUGCAGCAUAUAAAGAAGCUUAUCAGACAUCUUUGGAGGAUUCCUUGAGUUCUGACACCUCCGGACAUUUCAAAAGGAUCCUCAUCUCUCUGGCUCUGGGGAGCCGUGAUGAAGGAGGAGAGGACUUCGCAAAAGCUCACGCAGAUGCCCAGGUCGUUGCUGAAACCCUGAAAUUGUCUGAUGUUUCCGGUGAUGACUCGACAUCCCUCGAGACACGCUUCCUGAGCAUUUUAUGCACACAGAGCUACCCGCAGCUCAGGAGAGUCUUCCAGGAGUUCAUCAAGAUGACGAACCACGAUGUAGCACAUGCCAUCAACAAGCGGAUGUCUGGGGACGUGCGUGAUGCCUUUUUAGCCAUUGUGCGGAGUGUCAAGAACAAGCACGCUUUCUUUGCUGACAAGCUAUACAAAUCCAUGAAGGGUGCUGGCACAGACGACCGAACUCUCAUCCGGAUCAUAGUCUCGAGGAGUGAAAUUGAUCUGUUCAACAUCCGGCGUGAAUUUUGGGACAUAUACGACAAAUCUCUAUACCACAUGAUCGAGAAGGACACUUCGGGAGAUUACUGCAAAGCACUGCUAGCCAUUUGUGGGGGAGAAGAUUAAGCAAUCCGUGGCUGCUGUAGAAGCCUGUCCUCGUGUCUGAGCCAUUGUCACUCACAAAUGUGCAGCCUAGAUGUCACUGUUGCUUUUAGAAGCUUCGGGGGAUGUUUCGGACCCACUGAGAAGAUUCACUUUGUGUUAGGAAAAAAAUGUAUCACAGAAGAGCUUAACAUUGCAAGAAGCAAAGACCACAGGCGUUGCUCAGUCCUACAGGCGGGGGAAUUAUCUGAAUUUGUGCAAAAUUGACUAGUGUGCAUAUUUCCAGUGAAGUAACACUGUUAUGGGGAUUUUAAACCAAAGAAAUAAAAUGUUCAAUGUUGCUGGCUAUGAA